UGAUCCAUGAACAUCUCGUCAACUUAACGUUGAUGUUGUGGGUUCGGUGCAGAGAUGUCAGCGCUGCUCUGCCUCGCAGCAGGAGCCGUGUGUCUAUAUGUGCUGUUGUACUACGCUGUGUUCAGAGGAGCGAGCUGCUCCAGCUCAGUGAGGCUCAGGGGGAAGACCGCCAUUGUUACAGGAAGCAACACUGGCAUUGGCAAGGCCACAGCUCUGGAUCUGGCAAAGAGAGGAGCCCGGGUAAUCCUGGCCUGCCGUGACAAGGAGAAAGCUGAGGCUGCAGCUUUUGACAUCCGCAGAGAGAGUGGGAACACUCAGGUGGUGUUCAUGCAGUUGGAUCUGUCCAGUUUCAAGUCUGUUCGCAACUUUGCUGAAAACUUCCUGAAGAAUGAGCCCAGACUGGACAUCUUGAUCAACAACGCAGGUGUAAUGAGUCCAGGACGUACCAAGGAGGGCUUCGGCAUGGCGUUUGGGGUAAACCACCUGGGUCACUUCCUGCUCACCAACCUGCUGCUGGAGCGACUGCAGCAGUGCGGUCCUAGUCGAGUGGUCACUGUGUCUGGACUCCUGCAGCGCUUUGGCAACAUUGACUUCCCUCUGCUGGCUUCCAACAAGGAUUUAGUGACUGAUCAGUCUACCUGGCACAACUUUCAAGCCUACUGCAACAGCAAGCUGUGUAAUGUGCUCUUCACCAGGGAGCUGGCCAACAGGCUGGAGGGCACCAGUGUCACCUGCUACAGCCUCCACCCAGGAGUCAUCUACACAGAUCUGUGUCGCAGUAUGAGCCUGUGGCUGCAGCUCCUCAUGAUACCCUUUGCCAAGCUGUUCUUCCUGGACCCUGAGGGGGGUUCCCAGACCACCCUAUACUGUGCCCUGCAGGAGGGCAUCGAACCUCUUAGCGGACGCUACUUCUCAAACUGUGCACUGCAACAAGUGGGAGCCAAAGGACGGGAUGAUGCCGUGGCAAAGAAGCUGUGGGAAGUGAGUGAGAGGUUAACCAGUUUAUCAUAACAGACUGAACCUUAAUCCAGAACCUCAGAGGACUGCAUGAGUGCUUCAUGCCUUAUCAAGGACUUCAACAAAAGACCUGCAGAGUUGAUGUCUUAUUGUUGUUCUCUGAAUCUUUAAGGACUGCUUUGUUACCGUGUCAUACACGUAUGAGGUGAAGGGUGUUAUGAGCAUUCAGCAGUGCAAUGUUUUGAUAUUUUUAAAUGCUUACAAUGGUGGGGCUUUUAAAAGGAGACAGCACAACAGAGACAAAAGAGGCAAAGCUAACAGCACUCCAAACCCCAAAAGACCUCCAUGUGGAUUUGCUCUCUGGCCUCGUAAAGUUAGCAGACUUGACGCUAGAAUCGCACUAAUUGAAGAAAUGCACAGGGAAUUCCAGGCACUGCACUAAAGCCUAGAAUCAGGACCAAAUGCACAGACAAACACAGUGAAAACAAAUCCACCACAGCACUCUGUUAACACUAUUACCAUCCCUAUUACCUGUGUUGUCUCUGAAAACAAAACCAUGAAAGAAGCUAUUCAAGAUUUACAAGCAAGCAGCACGAGAGACAGUUUCUUUUUUUUCACUGGAACUCCUGAACAAACCUCAGAUGUCCCUGAAAAAGGAUUCAUGACCUCAAACUACCUGCAGACAAUGUACGCCAACAACUCACCCAUGACCAAUCAGUGCAAAAUUUGAGCACUACAAACAAAAUCACACACACCAUCAUUAAGUCAGCUGACAUCACCUUGUUCUUUGACUUAACUUUUGUUAACUUCUGUAUUUCUUGUUUUGUUUCUUCGUGUUUAAGUUCUACCAUGAAUGAAUGAACACAUUUUCUCUGGUUUUCUGUGGACUGAGUCGCCUUUCAUACCUGUAUUAAUAAAGUUUGUUCUCUCCGAGUCAGUACAAAUUGAGUUAUGACAGAACAGAUAAAUAUCACUACAGAUUUGACUGCUUUAUGAUCUGUGACAUUGCUUCAUGUUUCUAUCUAUUUGAAAAUGUUUGGCAGUUUUCCACUAAUGGACUAGGGCAGAUUUUAUCAAUGGAAGCCUGAUUACUAUCAGUCACAAAUUCCAGCCAUUUAAAACAAACUUAAACUCAAAAUAUCAGAGUGCUCAAAAAUGAUAUAACUUCAUCAAAAUGAAUGCAGAAAUCAGUUUGUUAUACAGAACUGACUGUGCAGGAUGACUGAUUAUUAAUUGUAGCAGGUAAAAUUUGAAAUAAAAGACAAAAUGCAAAGAUA